AUGUUGAUGUGUAACAAGAGCAGUCCUGAAGUCACUGAGUUUAUUCUUCUUGGAUUUCCAUACUUGUAUGGUUAUCAGCCUGUACUAUUUGUUGUAUUCUUACUGAUUUACAUCAUAAUACUGACAGGAAAUACUGCCAUUCUUACUGCAGUUGUAAUGUACACGAAGUUACACAAACCCAUGUACUUCUUUCUCUGUAACCUGGCUGUGUUAGACUUAACAUUUACAACUGUAACAAUUCCCAGAAUGCUUACAUUAUUCCUGUUUAAUGCUAACACUAUUUCCUUCACUGCUUGUUUCAUACAGAUGUUCUUUUUGCACAGCCUGGGAAAUUAUGAAAGCUUUCUUCUUAUGAUCAUGUCAUAUGAUCGCUACAUAGCCAUUUGUGACCCUUUACAUUAUACAUCUAUUAUGAACAAAAGAUUUAACAUUCAAAUAACUGUAAAUUGUCUUGUUAUAGCUUGUUUAGUGGUUUUAUCAAUUUCUGUUUUUACUGCACAAUUUCCCUUUAAUGGGUUAAACAAGAUAAGUCACUACUUCUGUGAUCACUAUUUCAUUUCCAGAUUAAUAUGUGCAGACACAACUCCAAUUACCAUUUGGGCAAUGUGUUUAGUUGUCAUUUGUGUGUUCAUACCCUUUUCCCUUGUUGUAUUCUCAUAUAUCAACAUUCUCAAAACAGUGUUGAAAGUUAGUUCUGCAGCAGGACGUUGGAAGACAUUUUCUACUUGCAGCUCCCAUUUAAUAGUUGUGGUGAUAUACUAUGCAUCGAUUGUUAUUAGCUAUUCCUUAAUCACACUGGGCAGUGAUUAUGAUGAUAUUCAUGCUUUGGGCACUAUUUUCUUCUCUGUUUUAGCUCCUGCUCUUAACCCACCAAUUUAUGCACUGAGAAACAAAGAUGUACAAGAAGCUUUUAAAACGUUGAUUAAAUUAAGGAGUUCUGUUCCAGAAAUUUGACUAUAUCUGAUUUUGUAUUAUGAAUAGUUUCA